GAGGUCCUGGGUUAUAAGGUAGAUUACCACGUCUCUCUCUACAUUGUGGCUGUUUUAGAGUACAUCUCAGCUGACAUUUUAAAGCUGGCUGGAAACUAUGUGUUCAAUAUACGACACUUUGAGAUCUCCCAGCAGGACAUUAAAGUAUCCAUGUGUGCUGAUAAGGUUUUGAUGGAUAUGUUUGAUCAGGAUGACAUUGGUUUGGUUUCUCUCUGUGAAGACGAACCCUCUUCUUCUGGGGAACUCAACUACUAUGACCUAGUGAGAAAUGAAAUUGCGGAAGAAAGGCAGUAUCUGCGGGAGUUGAAUCUGAUAAUAAAAGUGUUUCGAGAAGCUUUCCUAUCGAACAGAAAAUUGUUCACACCUAACGAUAUCGACGUGAUAUUUAGCAACAUUUCGGAUAUUCAUGAGUUGACAGUGAAGCUUUUGGGAUUGAUUGAGGAUACUGUUGAAAUGACUGAUGAAAGUAGUCCUCAUCCACUGGCUGGCAGCUGCUUUGAGGAUCUUGCAGAG